AUGGCUACAGUGGGAACGACGGUCCACCCUCCGAAAGCGCGCCGCGACGUGGAGGACGCGUUCUCAUUGGCCAAAUCUCCGCGUCGAGACCCGCCCGCCCCCAUUCCACCUUCGCCAGUGUCCCCGACGCCGACAUGGGGCAGCGCAGCAGCACAUUGCGCCGCGACAGCGACGCGUCGGCGGACGGCUCUUCGGCGUCGCGAGUCGCGUCUUCGUCUUCCGCCGUCGCUGCGGAGCGCUCUGCGCUCGCGGUCCGUGAUUGCGCUUCAACGACUGUGCAGCGAGAAGAAGAAGUAG